CAUAAAAUAAAAAAAUGACCACUAUGAUGAAGAGUCGAUCACCUUCUUUAGGCACAUUGCCUACUAUGACUUCGGUGGAGAUGCCUAUGCCUUCUAUCUCUAUUACCAAUAAACCGUCUUGCGGUACCUCACUUUAUCACACCUGUCGUUCCGUGCUAGACAGACUAUCCUUGGUAGAAGGCAUGACACAUUAUUUGGAACUGGAAAGCCCAUCUACUACAUCACCAUCUGAAUCCGUCAUUCACAAUACUUCGAAUGACCCUCUGACUAAAUUAUGGGAACUCUGUCGACGUGGCACACCACUAGCUACUUUAUUCAACGCUUUAAAUCCAGUCGAACCAUUAAAAGCAGCAGAUACCACCACACAACAACAAACGAGUGAAUGUAAAAAGACAGUCUAUCACUUUAUUGUAGCCUGUCGAAAUCAACUCUUAUUUACCGAAGAUCAAGUAUUUACACUUUCCGAUGUUUACAAAGACAGUACCAAUGGAUUUGUCAAGGUCGUCAAUACCAUUGAUGCCAUCUUACAACUCUUGGAAGAAAAAGGCAUCAUUUCCUCUUUCACAAACAACCGAAACUCUUUAAACGCACCCAAAGAUACCCGUGAUAAAGUUGUUCAUGAAAUGCUUGAAACUGAGCGUAAAUAUGUCCAAGAUUUAGAAAUUUUACAGAAUUAUAUGCGUGAAGUACAAAUUCAAGAAGUUUUGAACCCAGAUACCAUCCAUUAUGUGUUUGGUAACUUGAAUUCACUAGUGGAUUUUCAACGUCGAUUCUUAAUCCAAUUAGAAGAAGUGGGCGAAAAAUGCCCUGAGGACCAAAACUUUGGUUACCUCUUCAGCCAAAAUGAAGAUUUAUUCGCGGUCUAUGAACCCUUCUGUUCCAACUUUUGUACCGCUCAAGACCUUGUCGUUCAGGAAAUCCCGAAAUUAGUCAAACUCUCCAAUAUCUUGAACCCCUAUUUCGAACUACCCAGUAUGUUGAUUAAACCUGUGCAACGUAUCUGUAAAUACCCAUUACUGCUUAACCAGUUGAUCAAAUCCACAAAACCUGAUUGGCCUCAUUACGCCGAAAUGGAACUAGGUUUGGAAUCUGUAAAACGUGUGACAGAAAAAGUAAAUGAAACACAACGAAAAUAUGAAAAUAUUCAGGUCGUCGAAGAACUAAAGAAAAGAGUGGAUGAAAUGAAACCUCAAACACUUGAAAGCUAUGGUAGCUUAUUAUUACAUGAAAAACUCAUUGUACAACAACCCGAUGAACCUAGUAAAGAAAUGUAUAUUUACUUUUUUGAAAGAACUAUCCUUAUCUGUAAGGAAACAAAAGAACCUACCAAACAUAAACCUAUGGUCAUCCGAAGAAGGAGAGCUGGCAGUCUACAACCUAAAGGUUUAAUCGCUGUCAGUCGCAUUAUUGCUGUCCGUAACAAAUCUACAGGUGAAGGAAAUUGGUUGCUAGCCAUUGAUUGGAAAGACCGUGAAGUAGAUCAUCUCACGCUAAAAUUCCGUAAUGAAGAACAUGUUAAAUUAUGGGAAUCUACUUUGAAAGGAAGAAUGUCACCCAUGAAAUCAUCCGUUUCCAACACACAACUAGCUUCUAUGAAGACAUAUUCACCUCAAUCUGUACCUGCUUUCCUUCGUACAGAUGAAGAUGAUGAAGAUGACGAUGACGACGAAGACGUAGAUGAAGAUGAACAUCAACAACAAAGAUUACGAGCCAAUUCAUUAUCAGCGCAUUUAAUUCAUUCGAUCUCUGGUAGACCCAAGAUUCCACGUAAUAUGUCUGAUACCGCACGCUACAAUCACAAUCCCACAGCAGCCGUAGCACCACCACUUCCACGUACCAGUUCAAGUACAAAUACACAUGAUUAUUAUAACUAUCCUGUUUCACCACCUCCUUCCAAUCCUUCUUCCCCUACUUCAUCAGCAAGAGCCUCUCAAUCCAGUUCAACCACUUCUAAUCGCAUGAGAGAUGGCUCACCUUUAGCUGAUAUUGCCUCCAAAUUUAUGUCAACCACCACAGAAGAAUAUUCACCUCCACCCAAAAUGAACCGUAGUCAAUCAGCUUAUCCCGGUGAUAGCUAUCCUUUACCACAACAUACGGUACCCACAGUGAACCCAUCUUACAUUCGCCUUCGAUCUCAAAGCAGUCCAAAUAUACAUAACAAUACUAGUAGUAGUAGUGGUGGUGGUCAUAAAUGGGAAGAUGCACCGCAAUUACCGUUUAAUUCACGUACAUUAUAUCAAACACCGCCUUCUCCCUCCGACUCACCUACACGCGAUAGUCAUCGACCCGUGACCAGUCAUAGUAGUCGACUCUCGGAUGUGCCUACCUCACCUAUCAGUGGCACACUCAAACUCAAACUCAAUUACAGUGAUGGUAUCUAUGUCGUCAUGUGCUCCAUGGAUAUUCUGUUCUAUGAGCUGAUGGAAAAAGUGGAGCGCAAAAUCAGACUAGUGGCUAAUUUACAACCCAAUGAUGUAUUACGACUGAGAUACCAAGAUGAAGAUGGUGAUUUAAUCACUAUUAAUUCUGACGACGAUGUUCAAAUGGCUUUUGAAAGUAAAGGCAAUGCCAACAGCAUCAAUUUAUUUGUCAGCGUCUAAACCCCCCCCCCCCUUACUACUAUAAAAAAUACACACCUUUGUUAUAUGCCAUACAUUCACUUUACCCCUCACUCACACACAAUUAUAUUAUAUACAUUUAUUUUUAUGCUUUUUUUGUAAAUAAACAUUUUUUUUUCCCGCACUUUUUUUGGUACGACUCUUUUACCCAAACAAACUAUAUUUAUCUGUCAAACGAUGGAAGGAGCACUUUUCUCACUCUCACACAUUUCUCUCUCUCUCUCUUUUUUUUUUUUUUCACGGGUCCCUCUCUUUUCGGUCGGACAAAGAAACCAUAAAAACGCACUGGACAAGUCUUU